CCCACUCACUCCGGGGUGGGAUUAAACCAUGACGUCACAACAUGGCGGAUCUGUGUAGCUCACCGGACACUUCACUGGAGUUUUCUGGCGUCAACGCUCACUUGACUGAAGCCUCUCGACGGAGAGCUCUGAGCGGGCUGGAAGCUGCAACUAGCCGGAAGAGCACAACCAGCGAGGAGGGGAUGGAGAUAGACUGCCAGCCCGAGGAACCGGUCAUCUCUUCUUUUGACGAGGACUGUGUUGAGCUUGGUGACGUCAAGGACAUGAGAUUGGAGGCAGAGGCAGUUGUCAGUGACGUUCUUUUUGCCGUUGCUGAAAUGCACUUGUCACAACGUUUCAACAGCGCGAGGGAUGUGGCCCACAUCAACGUGGAAACAAAAGAGGGAAACCGGUAUUGUCUGGAACUCACAGAGUCCGGACUACGGGUGGUGGGCUAUGCCUUCGAUCAAGUGGACGAGGAUUUGAACACCCAGUAUCAUGAGACUGUUUACUCUCUUCUGGACAAGCUGAGUCCGGGUUACAGAGAAGCCUUUGGGAACGCUUUACUCCAGCGGCUCGAGCAGCUGAAGCAAAACGGACAAUAAAAAGAACCAACAUGCUGUAGAAGUGGAAUGAGGGCUGAUGAUGCAGGGUGUAUUUUGAUGUAUCCACCUGCCUAGCUACCAUUACAAUAAGAGCCCCAUCAACUUAUUUUCAUACCAUUGAAGGACUUCUACUGCUAGGUAUUGGCUAUAUGGGCUCUGUUGCAACAUUGUGUUGUUGACUUUACUGUGGUAAGAUCUUCCAGCUUCCACAUGAUUCAAAUCUGUGUCAGAGCACAUCGUCUGAGUAUUCUGCACCUUUUUGUAUUUGUAAUUAUCCGAGAAGGUGGAGCAACAAGUUUAUUCCUCUACCCUGCUUUCACUGUAGUUCUGAGCUGAUAUCUGCUCAAAUAUACGUAGCUACUA